CCGCUAUGAUAGUUGCAGAGACAGUACCCGAAUUCCAGCGCCUUCUUAGUGCUGAAAACACCUAACUGCAUACUCAAUCCGAUCAAGUUAGACUAUUAGGAGCCCGCAUUGCGCGGCGCCCCCAUGAGUCGGGACCCCCUACGAAGUAUCGCGACGUCUUUGCUCCGUCCAAUAUCAUCGCCUGCAGGACAUGGUAUCAAUGGCGUCCACUCGAUGCGGAACCUAGUCAAUACGGCGUGGGCGAGAAUGAUCUAAAAUGGACCGACGCCUGGGUAAUCGGGCUAGACAGGUUCCAAAUGCCUGCUGGAAUUCAGAUCAUUGGGCAAAGCCAAACUCCACCUUCCAGAGGUUGUUUUUGACGCGGAUUUUCCAGGCCAGGACAUGUGCCGCAUGAAGUCCGUCGCGUUGUCUAUUCCGUGCAUUACGGGUCCGUAUACGGGGAUCAAUUGCACGCUCGAUCUCGACAAGCACUCCAUUCGUACGAAGGAGAUGCCAUCCGGUGGCUCCGCACAGAUCGACGCACUACCGUUUGACAACAUCCCAAUCAAAGGCAUCGCCACAUCCCACGGACAAGCCGACACAGAAACCUUCGAACUCAGCUACAGCGGCGACACGUACGCUCCAUUUGAAGGCGCCGGCGCAAUCCCCUCCCCAAUGCCGCAGCUCGACUACUCCACCAUCAGCGAUGUCAUCAUGCAUGUGCGAUACACGUCCUGCGAGCCAAAAGAAAUUUCAGACGCGCGACAACGCGACGAAAUCCGUCCGCGACUACGUUUCUGCGCAGAACAAGGGAAAUAUGCAAGCCUUGAUUGACGUGAAAUUUGAAUACCCCUACGACUUCCGCGAGAUGAAUCGCGCGCUCAAAGCCUCGCCCUCGCAGCCAUAUACACUGAAGCUGAAGGACUUCGGCUCGCGCGUACCCUUCUGGCCCGCGGCAGGAAGAUAACGAGUCACACUGUUCUUGUCGCUACCGAGAUCGCGAAACCCGCCUCUGCUGCUGAGGGGGGCACGAACGAGCACGGCGAUCCGCCCGAGUUUGUGUGGAAUGGGACCAAGGAUGACAAUGGGAAUAAGAAAGCGCUGACUGUUAUGGAGUUGCUAGGGUAGACUGGCAGGUGGCAGACAUUUGGGAU